AUGAGAAUUGACGCCUCCUCCUCUGCCUCUGCUUCUUCUCUCUCUCUCUCUGGUCUUCUCAUCCCCAAAGCCACCCUCAACACCACCACCACUCCAACCCCUACCAUACCUAAACCACAAAUCACAGGGACUCUCUCUCUCUCUCCUUCCUCUCCAGUAACGCCAUCGUUUCUGGACAAGGAAAGAGGGAUUUUGAAGAUCGCCGAUCUUGGACUCAGCUGUGCCUUCACUGUACCUCGCAAGAGUUACACGCACGAGAUUGUUACUCUGUCACUCUCAUACUUCGGAGCUGUGAAGCAACUGGAACUAGAUUCUAUUCAUAGUUUCCAGAGGACUAAAGAUAUGAUGACAGAAGCUAUGUUUUCUCUCAACACUAUGACAGAGGAUGGCAACAUCAAGGAGGUUAAAGUUUUUAACUUGUCCUUGUAUGAUUAUUUUUUUCUUCCCAGCUUCGGAGUUUCAGUAGAUAUCAAUGUUUCAUACUUGAAUUCUGCUUACUCUGGUGAGGAGGUUGAAGUUGAGGCCAAGGCUUUACGAGUUGGGAAGCCUGUUGGUGUUGCCAGUGUUGAGUUAAGGAAGAAGAAGACAUGCAAAAUUAUAGCUUAG